AUGAAAGCCGUCAAGGGCGUCUUGAUCACUUGCGAUGCAGCCGUCAAGCAAAUUCUGUUGCAAAUGAACGAGAGGCGGAGGGACGAGGAUAGAUUUGUCAUCGAGGACCUUGACCAAACUCAUUUGCUGAUCAAAGCGGACGGGGAGGAGAACAUGAGGGCCGAGCUGGAGUCCGAGCUCGAAAAGAACACGUAUAGCUUGGAGCCAUAG